AUGGACGGCCUUGACUGUCUAAAAGAACAUCCUUGCGAGUGCUGUAAUCAACCAGAAUGUAAUGCGGUCAAUGCCAAGGUAAAGCGCUCACAGGUUGUUAGCCGUUGUUUUAACCAACGGCCCUCAUGCCUUAUAUUAUUCAAACGACCGUACUCCGAUUUGUCACGUGCGAGACGCCUUGAUGUCGCAAAGCUCCGGCAACCCAGCAAUAGCGAGGCCCUAAGCACAGAAUUCCGGUCCCGUCUUACAACUCGAGCUGACAGGGAAGGCACUAGCAAGUGGUCAUCACUGAAGACAUCCGUCUAUGGGGCAGCUGAGAAAAUUCUCGGAUUCACUCAGGGGCGCCGAAGUGACUGGAUCAGCGAAAGAACCCUGCAGCUAUCAGCCGAGACGACUCGAGCCAGGUCCCGAAACGAUGCUUCUUUCCGCCGACUCUGUAGAGACAAGACAAGCUGCGAGAAAUACUGCAGCAUAAGUCUUAUCAACGUUGCUGCAAGGUUUUUCGAUAUCGUUCUUUUCAUGCGUUUCCAGUCUAUACGUGACUCCAGGACGCGGUCCAACCAAGCCGCAUUCUGUGCUGGGCAUGGAUAUUCGGACCAGAUAUUUACGCUGAGGCGUAUUCCAGGAUUCCGCUAUAACUACCAGCAACUGACAGUCGUCUGCUUUGUCAACUUCGCCACCGCAUUCGUUUCCAUCUAUCGUGAGUCCCCAUGGCGAAUAAUGAAACUAGAUAGAGUGUUGACCAAACUCAUUGCCAUGAUUGAGGCCUACUAUCGGUCCACCACCGCACGAGUCCUGGUCCACAACAAUCUAAUCCAACCGUUCGAUAUUCAGUCUGGUGUCCGACAGGGCUGCGUCCUGUCGCCCAUUCUGGUUAACUACGUCAUUAACUGGAUUGUCGGGAAGGCCCUACAUGAAGAGGAGCUUGCACUUAGACGCCAGAUAACUUAUCUCGACUACGCCGAUGAUAUUGCACUGCUAGCCUCAAGCUUUGGUGGUCCAUAUGCUGUACUGUUACGGAUAAAUGAGAUUGCUAUGUCGGUUUGCAUGUCCAUAAAUUCCGGAAAGACGAAGUUAUUCUCGAGCUGCAUCCGUGACGAGGAGAAGGCACCCCUGGGGAUUAAUUGCCAUCAACUUAAAGAAGUAGACAGCCUUAAAUACCUCGGGGCGAGGCUGCUACCGAAUGGGUAG